CUUUCCCGGUAUUCUGCUUAAGCGGAAGUGCCUUGUGGUAAUUUGGUUGCUUCGUUUGCUUUCCGUCAAUCUCUGUGCAUAAGAGUAGGCGAUUCUGUCUUCUUCAUCCUCUCGACUUCCUUUCUGAAGAAACCAAACGACUCCAUGACAGACAAAGAGAUGUACUUCGCUUUCGGUUCGAACAUGAACCCAGACCGUAUGCGGGAUCGUAAAGCCUUCUUCACCGCUCGAGUUGGAGCUAAAUUGCUCGACUACAAGAUGACUUUCUCUUUUAGGAGACCGGAUGGGGGUGGCUCUUGUAACAUUAGACCAGAGAAAGAUUCAGUGGUUCAUGGAGUUUUGUACACUCUUGACGCGGGAGGGUUAGAUAAACUGGAUGUUUUUGAAAAAGUCUCAGAUGGAUGGUAUCGUCGAGAACGAGUGACAGUUGAGAAUUCUGCGGGCGAAAAAGUGAACGCGACAACUUAUAUUGUAACAGAGCAGUUUUAUCAAGAGGGAUUAGUUCCAUACAGAGAUUACUUAGAACAUUGCUUGGCUGGCAAGGAUGUUUUGCCGGCAGAAUACUACAAUUUCUUAGAAUCAUUUAAGAAAGUCUGCAAGGAAUAACAACAUGGAACACUAGAAAUUGGGACCCUGAUAGCGUUUUCACCUUUUAACUUAUUCUUGUGAAAUGAAAUUUGUGUUUCAUAGACUGCGUGGGAUGUUUUGAUGUUAAGAAUACGAUUUUUAUUGAAAUGAAAUAAGGUAGGAAAGGAAGAAAAUUAUUUUAUCUCUGGUCUCCAUCAUUGCCGUGGAAGACCUUUGUUUAUAUUUUUAUGUCAAUUAUUCAUUUUGCCUAUGAUAGCAGUGAAGCAGGUGGUUGGCAUGGGUUGGGUUAAAAAACGAUAGGUUUGAGAAAACAUCACAUUUUUUGUUAUUAGGGUUGGAUAAAAUAAAGUUUCCUUUUUUCCGUCAUGAAUGCAGGGUAUUUAAGAUAAUUCCUUUAGUGUCACAUGAAUGAUCAGGAUAUUUUAAGGGUUUGAUAGAUCACACUCGUGGCUUAAAAUAACUUUCAAGUUAAAACAUUGUAUAACCACCUUGCCACAUUUGGAAAUACUUACGGUGUUGUUUCCUGUCCAAAUAAUCCAACAACAAUUCAUCUUACAAUAAAUUUGAAAACUAUCAAGAAUUGUUCCUUAAAACUUUUUAUUUCUAGUCAGCUUUAAAUGUGUCAAAUGAACAUUUUAAAGCAAAUUUGAUUGCAUGUAUCAUUAUAACUCAGUGGAAGAGGUGACUGAUUAUGAAAGCUGGCAAAAAAUACCAUAAGGAAGCAGUGUUGCUGCUGUGUAUGUUGGGAUCUCUGUGACUGUCCACAAAAUUGUAUUUUUUUAUCAUUUUCAAUGAUUGAAUUAAAUGGAAUUUUAUUUUGGUCAUAUAGUUCAAUGCAAAUGGAGUAAUUUUGAACAAUAAGCAUGGUCAGGUUUGAUAAGAUCCUCACAAUAACAUACUUACUCUCAGAAGUGAUUAACAUGUUACUUCUCCCUUUGAUAUUGAUACAUUACCCAGCAAACAGUUAAAGAGAAUACUCCGACUUAUCAGGCAGAGGCUGUUUUCUUGAUCUAACAACAAAUUCUUUUUUCAUUUGAAAAGGUAAUGUUUAACUGCCAGAAGGGAGAAUUCACAAUCAGAUCUUGGGGAGUAAACUAAAGAGCAGGUGGGAAUUAUCCUCAAGAACGUAAAUUAUUACUCUUUCUUUAUUGGGGCCUCAGAGAAUCAAACUGGUACAUGUAUGAUAAGUGUUGUUUGGAUGGAUCAUCAACUGCCACAGGAUAACACUGAUUAGUUUACUAGAACAGUGGAUAGUAUUGAAGGUGCAUGCUUUGCUAUUAACCUUCUAAUAACUCCCCAGUGAUUUGCACUGAUAAAUAUUUUAAUUGUUGCAGGAAUAAAUGAGUUAAAAUCA